GGAUCAGCUAAACGAAUUUUGCCGGGAAGUCAGGAACACCGGAGAGAUUGGGGGAGUAAUAAAGACUGGGUUCGAGUUAUUUACGUGUGAGGCAGGACUGGCGGAAGAGGGAAGAUGGUCUGCCCAAGUCCAGCGCCCAUGGAACGGUUCUUGUGCAUCUCUGGCCGAGUCCUUUCCACUGAAGCAUCCUCAGUUGUGGAUUAUGGGUUAGGAGCAUAGUCUACUUGUUCCUAAUCUGGCCCUUUGUGAGCUUGUGAUAGCCAGAGUAGUGCUUGUGCUCUGUUGGGACACUGACGGCGUCUGGGUUCCUAAGGGAAAGGGCCUCUCGAGUGGUUUGAUCUAGCUGUGCUGGGUAUAUUGGGACAGGAAGUCCCCUCCUGUGUCCCGUCCCUUUGCUUCCUUUUUCAAAUAUUUCGUGUGGUUUCCUGACUUGAGUCAAGGUGAGGACCAUUGCUCACAGAAUGGUUCCUGCUGUCUGGCCCUGGCCGCUUGGGAGGAAAGUUACAGGCCCAAAAACUGCGACUGGCUUAUACAAGGAGCUCCCAUUAUGGUGGUUCUCUGCCCAAUGUUAACCAGAUUGGCUGUGGCCUGGCUGAGUUCCAGAGCCCCCUCCAUUCACCUUUGGAUUCAUCUCGGAGCACUAGGCACCAUGGGUUGGUGGAACGGGUACAGCGAGACCCCCGCAGGAUGGUGUCCCCGCUUCGCCGAUACCCCCGCCACAUUGACAGUUCUCCCUAUAGCCCUGCCUACUUGUCUCCUCCCCCGGAAUCUGGCUGGCGAAGGAUGAUGCCCUGGGGCACCCUCCCAGCUGAGAAGGGGCAGUUGUUUCGACUGCCAUCUGCACUUAACAGGACGAGUUCUGACUCUGCUCUUCACACAAGUGUGAUGAACCCCAACCCCCAAGACACUUAUUCAGGCCCCACACCUCCCAGUGUCCUGCCCAGUCGCCGAGGAGGUAGGUGGUCCCAGGAAGUAGCCAUGGAGCUUUUUACUAAAGCAGGCAAACAUGUAGGCACUGCAACCAACUGCAUUGCAUCCUGUGCAGGUUUCCUGGAUGGUGAGAUAGAUGCUAAAGUUCCUGCUAUUGAGGAGAACUUGGUGGAUGACAAGCAUUUGCUGAAACCUUGGGAUGCUAAGAAGAUGUCCUCAUCCUCUCGACCUCGGUCCUGUGAAGUCCCUGGAAUUAACAUCUUUCCAUCUCCUGACCAGCCUGCCAAUGUGCCUAUCCUCCCGCCUGCCAUGAACACGGGGGGCUCCCUGCCUGACCUCACCAACCUGCACUUCCCCCCUCCGUUGCCCACUCCCUUGGACCCUGAAGAGACAGUCUACCCCAGCCUGAGCGGGGGCAACAGUACCUCCAAUUUGACCCAUACUAUGACCCAUUUGGGCAUCAGUGGAGGUCUGGGUUUGGGACCCAGCUAUGAUGUACCAGGACUUCACUCACCUCUUAGCCACCCGUCCCUGCAGUCCUCCCUAAGUAAUCCCAACCUCCAGGCUUCCCUCAACAGUCCUCAACCCCAGCUCCAGGGCUCCCAUAGUCACCCAUCACUGCCUGCCUCCUCCUUGGCCCACCACGCACUGCCCGCCGCCUCCCUGGGCCACCCGUCACUUAGUGCCCCAGCCCUCUCCUCCUCCUCUUCCUCUCCAUCCACUUCAUCUCCUGUCCUGAGCGCCCCCCCUUACCCAGCUUCUACUCCUGGGGCCUCUCCCCGCCACCGCCGUGUGCCCCUCAGCCCCCUGAGUUUGCCCGCGGGCCCAGCCGACGCCAGAAGGUCCCAACAGCAGCUGCCCAAACAGUUUUCGCCAACAAUGUCACCCACCUUGUCUUCCAUCACUCAGGGCGUCCCCUUGGAUACCAGUAAACUACCUACUGACCAGCGAUUGCCCCCAUACCCAUAUAGCCCUCCAAGUCUGGUUAUACCCACCCAUCCAUCCACCCCAAAAUCUCUACAGCAGUUGCCCUCUCAGGCCUGCUUAGUGCAGCCCUCAGGUGGACAGCCCCCGGGCAGGCCACCACACUAUGGGGCACUGUACCCAUCUGGGUCCAGUGGGCAUGGGCAACAGCCUUACCACCGGCCAAUAAAUGACUUCAGCCUGGGGAACCUGGAGCAGUUCAACAUGGAGAGCCCAUCAACCAGCCUGGUGCUGGAUCCCCCGGCCUUUCCUGAAGGGCCUGGAUUUUUAGGGGGUGAGGGAUCAGUUAGUGGUCCCCAGGAUCCUCAUGUCCUCAACCACCAGAACUUGACCCACUGUUCCCGCCAUGGCUCAGGACCCAAUAUCAUACUCACAGGAGACUCCUCCCCAGGUUUCUCUAAGGAGAUUGCAGCAGCCUUGGCUGGAGUACCUGGCUUUGAGGUGUCAGCAUCUGGGUUGGAGCUGGGGCUGGGGCUGGGGCUGGAAGAUGAGCUGCGCAUGGAGCCGCUGGGCCUGGAAGGACUAACCAUGCUGAGUGACCCCGGUGCCCUGCUGCCUGACCCUGCUGUGGAGGAUUCAUUCCGUAGUGACCGGCUGCAGUGAGGGGCUGCACUGCCAUCCUUCUUCAUGGUCCUGCCCUCGUCACUGUCCUGUCCACCCCUCCCCUGCCUAGGAGAGACUGCUCUCUGCCCCCAGAUCCUUUUUCUAAUAUGAAUGAAGGAUCCUAAAAAUGAGGAAAUGGAAGGGGCGUGGCCCGGUGGCCCCUGAAUACUGUACAUCUGGUGGGCCUGGAGGAGCUCAAGGGAGGGCCUAAAGCACUUGUAACUUUGAAAUGUUCCGUCUGGAGGUCAGAGCCUGUUGGGAAGCAAGGUGUAGAGGGGAAUCUUGGAGGUAGGGCUUGUCCAGAUAAGGGUGGGCAUUAUCAACCCCUCCCUAUCUCUCUUCCCCUUGCAAUGGAGGAGAGAGCCAGAGUGGAUAUUAUUUUUUAUUAAAUAUAUUAUAUGUUAAUAAAAAAUCCUAACAAA